UUUUUUUUUCUUUUUUCUUAGAGCAUUUUAAAAAUAUCCUCUUUUUUUUUCUUUUGCGUGGGAUGAACUGGUGAGUGCUGAAUCUGCUGAUUCAAAUUUCAAAGUUGGCACGAUCACCAAAUUAAACAAAAACCUGAGAAGUUCGUGUCAUGUUACGCAGCACACUUAAAGCUUGAUUCUACAGAGUUCCGAAUCCCGGCGUAAGCUGAAAAACACACGAAUUGGUUCUUAUUCAUAUUCAGAAAAACCAAUUUUUGAGGAACGAUGAAUAGUUCAUCGCCGGCCCACUCUUCACUAUCGACGACGGCGGUUGUAGGCGGCGGUGGUGGUGGCGGCGCCAGCAGCAACGCCACUGUUUCCAUUGACGAUUUUCAUCUCCCGUGUGAUCCCAUCUCGUCGCAAGAGCGUAAAGACGAGGCCAUGCUAGUUUUAAAAUCAGAUCUCAUGGCUGCACUCAACAAGGAGGUUAAAUCAUUGGUUGAAGAUAACUGGAAGUUUGAAGGGCCACGUUCGCGGAUCCACCUCGUAUCACAUCGAGGUGGUUUGUAUAUUAAUCACUUAAUGAUCUCUCUUUUUAUGAUAUCUUCUGAGUUUCUUAGAAUAUUUUAGAAAACUAUUUUGGUACUUUUUGGUUUCAGUUGAUUAAAACAUGUGACCCUAAAUCUUAUUUGAUCCUUGCAUUAAGUUAAUUGAUGCUACCUACUUCAGUUGAUGGCUUGAUGCUCAGAUCCUUGAUUUCAUCAUGGUGUGAAAUAUCAGUAUUUGUGUGUGUUUUCCCAUGAUAUGUAUGCAAUUAUACAUUUGGCAUCAUAAGGGAAGCUCACUCAAGGUUCCCCACCCUGUUAGAUUAGGGAGGAUACAUGUGCACAGCCUUAAUUCAAGGUGGAGAGGCUGUUUCCAUGAACCUGUGACUUCUGACUCACAAGGUAGCAACCUUACUGUUGUGCCUAGGCUUGCCCUUGGCCUUGAUAUUAAAAAAAUGUAUACUCUCUGAAUCCUAAAUCACAUUUAUAAUCAUCAACUCAGGGAUUUUUCACAACCCCCUGGUUUUUAGCUUAUUUUUGUAUGCUUUUGCCUAUUCCUUCACUUUAUUUGAUGAACAUAUGAACAAACAGAACUCAACUGAGUGCCUUUGGCUCUACCAACUAAUAUAUUUAUUAUAUGAUCUAGUAAUGAAUUCUUGAAAGCAGUUACUUUCUUGGUACAUGGUUGAAAUCUGGUUUGGAUUAUAGAUGGUUGUCUACAUGUGCUGUGAUAUUUACUUAAAACUCAUCUGUUCAUAUCAAAAUUCUGUGCAAUAAAAACUUUUGAUGGGAAUCUGAUAAUAACUGUCAUGACUCAUGAGUACUCACUAGUUGUUAGAACUGAGUCCAAACAAAAAUCUGUAGCAGGAAAGAGUUUGGGUUUGCAGGUUUAUUAUAGGAAGAGGAAAGGGUCAAAAAGUUGUAACAAACACUUAGAGGGAUAGGAGAGUUAGUUAGUUCUGUUAUUUGGAGAGAGUUAGUUAGUUCUGUUAUUUGGAGAAUUAUAACUCCUAUAAAUAAGAGUCCUCUCUUCAGUAAGAGGGGGAUUGGAAAUAUACAGUUACUGGGCUAUUGCCAGUGUAAACGGAGAAAGCUCCUUUGGAGGUAUACUCGUAUACCUUGGCUCUUGGUUUGUUCUCUCUAUUUCAGCAAUAAGAAAGCUAUUCCAGUUUUUCCCCGUUGUGUGUGAUUUUCUCUUGUGGGUUCUAUUUUUCCUACUUUAGAAAGAAGUUCCUAAUACUAGUCAUGUAUUAUUAGAUUUAAGUGUAAUAAUAACGGCCAGUUAAGGAUAGAAGUUGGGACUUGGGAGCAGUAAAGGAUUAUUAGAAUAUGUGAUAGAAAAUAGCUUGUCUUGCAUUAGUUGUUCAGUAUUAGUUCUGUAUUAGAAUUUGAAGCUCCCUUUAGAAAGUUUUUCAUAGAAAAUAACCCCGAUGACAGUUAUGUAUUAGGGUAUAGUUGCUAGUCCGGGUGUGUAAUUAAGAAAAGGUUAAUGUUAUUUGUAGUUUGUGGACAGAGAACAUUCUCUACAAGAAUCUUUUAUCUAUGGAACAACAAUUGUAUUGCAAUAUCGUGUGUGAUUUCUGUUUUGAAUUAUAUUUUAUUAGUUUAUGUUUAUCAAUUGGUGUUCUAUCAGCUUUCAAGUUUGGUUUGCAUGUUUACGAUAACAUUGCAUUUUCACUAUGCCCUGCCUUUUCCUUAUUUGCUGAUUUCUUUGACAUAAGUAGAAUGGUAUGUAGUAAGUAUAGCUCUUUUUAUGGUCCUCACAUCAUGGUUUGCCUGGUUGAGCAUUAGUUUCCUUUGUUUCUGUCGAACAUUCUGCUGCAGGUGGUCAUCUCUAUAGGCCCACAGAAAUUUCAAAGAAUUGGAAUUUGACUCCACCAAAAUAGUUUGCACACUCACCUCGUAGCACUGUGCUUCUAUUGUGACAUGAUUAUGGUUGUUAUCUGCAGAUAAGAACUGUUAUGCCUAUUUUUUUUUUUCCCAUGGUAGAAAACAUAGCUGUUACUCUACAUCUUCUGGUGACAUGUAGGUCUGAAAGGGCAUGAAGAUUGCAAAUGAAGGUUCUUUCCAUGCAAGAUUGUUAGUCACAUUUUCUGUUAGUCUUUCUAGUCUGGAUUGAGAAGCUGGUGUUUUUUAAUAUUUAUGUGAUAUUAUUGCUCUAAUUUUGAGGGAUCAAUGAUUAAUUGCAAUUGAUUGUUACAAAACUGAAGGUAUUUUAAUGUUCAAGUUGGGGAUAUUGGAUUCAGAAAGAAAAGAUUAAUAUUACAAGUGGCUCACGAAGUCACUCGAGUUAUUGGUGGGUGAACUUGAGUUACUAUUUGCUGAUAA